AUGAUCUCCAAUUCGAGCCCCUCGAAGACCUUCACAGCCCCAGAGACCUCCAACUCCAUGGGAGCCUUCUCCGCCAGCCCCCCCUCCAUUGAAGCGAGGACCCAGCAGGCCAAACCCUUGAACGGCCCAGUCGCCAUUCUCUGGGACAUGGAGAACUGCCCGGUGCCCAGCGAUGUCCGGCCUGAAGAUGUUGCAGGGAAUAUCAGGAUGGCGCUGCGAGUUCACCCCCUCAUCAGAGGAGCAGUCACCAUGUUCUCCGCCUACGGAGACUUCAACUCCUUCCCUCGCAGGCUGCGGGAGGGCUGCCAGAGGACGGGGGUGAAGCUCGUGGACGUCCCCAAUGGCCGGAAAGACGCCGCCGACAAGGCCAUCCUCAUCGACAUGUUCCUCUUCGCCCUGGACAACCCGCCCCCGUCCUCUAUCCUGCUCAUCUCCGGCGACGUGGACUUCGCUCCGGCACUGCACAUCCUCGGCCAGCGGGGUUACACAGUCAUCCUCGUCAUCCCCGCCAACGUCGGCGUAGCGGCGGCGCUCAGCAACGCCGGCCGCUUCGUCUGGGACUGGCCCACGGUGGCGCGCGGCGACGGCGUCGUCCCUCCCAGAACCCAGCUACUCGACCCUCCGGAGUCCCAGAAUGAAGAGGAACCUCGCUUCUUCGGCUUCAGUUCUUGCUCGUUUGUGGGGUACGGCGGCGGCGGCGCCACCGGUUCUUGUGCUCCGGCGAUCGAUGAAGGCGGCGACUCGCCGGAGGAGACGACGCUGUGGGUGCAGCCGGGUGAUCUGCAGGGGCUGAAGCGGCAGGUGGCGAGGCUCUUGGAGUUGGCCGGAGGGAGCCUGCCGCUCGUGCGGCUUCCGCCGGAGUACGCGAGGUUGUACGGCCGGCCGCUGUAUGUGGCCGAGUACGGUGCCUUCAAGCUGGUCCAUCUGCUCAGCAGGAUGGCCGACGUGGUGGCAGUCGCCGGCACCGGGCACAGGAAGGUCGUCGUCCUUCGGAGCUCGGCGGCGGCGGCGGCGAGGCAGAAGCAGGGGAAGAAGGUGGCGGCGACGGCUCUGGCGGAGACGGUGGACGACUGCGUGUGCCCCGCCAUGGGGAGCUCCUCCGACGACUUCUCCGACGACGACGAGUAUCUCCGGUUGGAGAGCUUCCGGCAGGAGGUGCAGGAGCUCCUGGUUUGCUACUCAUGCCGGAUCCCCUCCGGCAACUUCGAAGGCCUCUACCAGCAGCGGUACAAGAAGAAGCUCGACUACCGGAGCUUGGGGGCGGAGGGGUUGGAGGACCUGGUGGCGAAGGUGAACGACGUCGUGGUGUUGCAGGAGGAACCCGGAACCAGGAGGAAGUUCCUCGUCUCCAGCUCUGUCACUGGGUAG